AUGGCAGAAGAAGCGAUACUAGGAUUUCUGCAGAACAAUGAGCAGAUCCCGGAUUCAGGUCAAUUUUCUGCUGAGCACAACCUUGACCACGAUCAAGUCAAUAAUGUCAUCAGAAGCCUACAGGGUGUUCGUUACAUCGAUGCUCAGGACAUUACUAGGAAGACAUGGAUUUUGACUGAAGAAGGAAAGAAAUAUGCCGCACAAGGAUCACCAGAGUUACAACUUUUCUUAGCUGUGCCAGAAGAAGGUAGCAUAUCAGUGGUUGAGCUCAAGGAAAAGCUAGGUGAAUCCACCAACAGUUGUGCCUGGAAAUAUGCUAAAAAAAAAGUGGGUGGAGGUGGAAAGAGGGCAAGUCUCAAGGAAGUGUUCUUGAAUCAAUUAAGCCUUAUUUCGGUUUAUUUAGUCUGCAUCAAUAGCUCUGAGCCUUUUUAUCGCAGGAAAUGGAAUGGGUAUUCUUCCAUAAAGYAAGGUCCUAYUUAUGCUCCCGAGAGAAAGAAGGUGUCCACCGAUUUGACUCGUGAAAGUCUACUAAACUGGAAAGAGUUAGACUUUAAGGAGUAUAACUUCAAUGCUAAAGGAGCACCUAUUGAGGCUGGUCAUCUUCACCCUCUUCUCAAGGUGCGGAAGCAGUUUAAAGACAUAUUUUUUCAGAUGGGGUUUGAGGAGAUGCCAACAAAUAAUUUUGUGGAGAGCAGCUUCUGGAAUUUUGAUGCAUUGUUCCAGCCGCAGCAGCACCCUGCUCGUGAUUCUCAUAUUUACGACUAA